CUUCGCAUCGCAAUGCUAUUUACUUCAGCCAAUCCGAAAGGGCCUUGACUCAGAGGCGGGCAUCAAUAUUCAGACGUUGAAGCAUUGAACGGUGGUAUAUCUAGCACCGGAACAAGGCUAGCCUGAGAUCAUUAUAACCCCCACUCACUCACACAGAACCCUCGAAUAUGACCAUAGUACUUUCAAACAGUCCCAGUGGGUGGCCAAUAAUCAAUUCGGGUAUUUUUUACAGCUAUUGUAUAGUUGCCGCAGGCCUUGUGGUGCUAUAUGAUUGGGUACUAACAUUCGGACAAGAGAUUGAACUGAUCUGGAGGCAACGCUGGUCUCUCAUGACUGUGCUGUACAUGGUUAUACGCUAUAUCGUAAUACUAUAUUCUAUUAUCAUCGUUCUAGCAAGCAUGCCAUCGGUAUCGCUGACGGAUGCAGUGAGUAUUCGGCUACCCUCUCAUCAUGAUUCCUAUCCAAUGAAAACAUUAAUUUGUAGGGGCGAUAUUAUGAUCUACGCAAUACAUGGGACAAAUCUGGCCGUAGGCACCAUGUUGGGCGUCAUCAUGAUUGCUCGCUUACAUGCUAUGUAUCAAAGAUCUAGAACGAUGCUUAUCUUCCUUGUUAUUAUCUUCCUAACCGUUGUCAUCACCUGCGGAGUAAUCGCAGCAAUAGGAUUAAAGGAUCUAGUGCUGGAGGAGCUGAUACUCUCUGGCAUAUAUAUGUGCUAUCUUGGGUCUGAGGGGAUUGUCCAGCUUUGGAACACGAUAGUUUGGGUGUGCUACAUUUUUUGGGAGUACCUCGCAUUGUGUCUUUCAGUCUGGAUCGCUAUAAAACACUUCCGUGACCUGCGACGAUUCGGCCCAUCAACAGGAUCGACCAUCGGGGAUUAUUUCAGAGUGCUGAUAAGAUCUCACGUGCUUUAUUUUACGAGCUUUGUUUUUGUCUCUUCCCUCCAACUUGUUAUCUUUCCAGAGCUUGUGGUGCGCCGACCUGUUGCUGACAUCUGCUUCUGCUGACUGCUCAUCAUUUCUGUAGAAUUCGAAGUAUACGGGAGCUCAGAUACUCUAUAGUGCAUAUCAGAUUUUAUUUGGCGUGCAGAUGUUUAUUCUGGGACCACGCCUCAUCCUUGGCGUUCGAGAAUAUCACGCUGAGCUCGUAGCCGACUUCGACGAAGAAACUAGCAUGAAUUCGAUUGUCUUCCAGGGUGUACAUGUAUCAACUAGCAGUACUGUGUAGGGACAUACUUUAUAUAUCCAAUUUCUG